CUCAGGCCUCAUGAGUCUUUCUCUGCCACAGGUACAUGUCCAUAGUCAAAGGAAACGGCGCUCUCCCACCUGAAGACCGACUGCUCAGGUUCCUGGUCGACAACAACACGGACGCUGAGGAGACUGUGCAGUGUGCAAACUGUGACCGGGAAAGUAACAAGAAGGACGCAGGAGUGAUGUACUUCUGUAACACCUGCAUCCAGCCUCUGUGCAGCACCUGCAGGGAGCUCACCCACAAAGCCAGAAUGUUUUCUCACCAUGAGAUCGUUUCUUUGGCCAAACGCACCAAAGCCAAACACAGGAACUGCUCUCUUCACGAUGAGCCCUACAUCCUGUUCUCCAAAGAGAAGAAGUCCAUGCUCUGCAUCAAGUGCUUCAGAGACACACAAGUGGAGAGUCGGACUCACUGCAUUGACAUAGAGACGGCUUACGUGCAGGGCUGUGAGAUGCUGGACCAGGCCGUGCUGGUGGUGAAGGAGCUGCAGACAUCAGCUCGAGAGGCGAUCAUUCUGCUGAGAGCGAUGAUUGGAGAAGUGUGUCUGAACGUGGAGGAAGAGGAGAGUGCAAUCUGCUCUCUGUUCAACAGCCUGCAGGAGAAACUCGCAGAGAGGAAGAAGAUCCUGCUCAAAGCAGCUCAGAGUCAGCAUGAGGAGAAGGAGAAAGCACUGAAGGAGCAGCUCUCUCACCUCACUGCCCUCCUGCCGACCCUGCAGGUCCACCUCGUCACCUGUUCGGCGUUUCUGAGCUCGGCCAACAAGUUUGAGUUUCUGGACAUGGGUUACCAACUCAUGGAGCGUCUGAAGAGGAUUGUGAAGCUCCCUCAUCGACUGAGACCGGUGCAGAGCAGCAAAAUCAACACUGACUACAGGAGUGAGUUUGCCCGCUGUCUGGAGCCGUUACUGCUGCUCUGUCAGCGCUGCCCUCCGUCUGUUUCCGGAUCCGCAGGUGCUGCGACGAGGUACCAGUCCCCUCUCUCCAUUCUGUGCCGCUCCCCGUCUCUCAGUGAGAUGCCCCUGGGCUCAGUUCUUGGGCGAAGGCCCACCUGCCACCGAAACAUCUGCACCAAAGUCCUGCUGGCUGAGGGUAGGGAGACACCUUUCACCCAGCACUGCCGCAGCUAUGAGAACACCUACCGGACUUUCCAGACAGAGAUUCAGAACCUGAAGGACCAGGUCCAGGAGCUGCACCGAGACCUCACCAAGCACCACUCCAUCAUCAACACAGAUAAGAUGGGAGAGAUCUUGGACAGGUCUCUGCACAUUGACAGCCAGAUAUCUGCGCAGCACUCCACCGUGGAAACUAUGAGAGUCAUGUUUGAAGAGGUCUGGGAUGAGACUUUCCAGAGGGUCUCUAAUGAGCAGGAGAUCUAUGAAGCGCAGCUUCAUGACCUGAUGCAGCUGAAACAGGAGAACUCUUACCUGACCACCAUCACCAAACAGAUCAGCCCUUACAUCCUGUCCAUCGCCAAGGUCAAAGAGAGACUCGAGCCCAGGGUUGAGGAGGUUAAGGGUCACCGUGACGACCGCACACAGACGAUGCUGAAAGUCUAUGAAGACAUCACCAACGCUGAAGACAGCAAAGACAGAGACAACCAGACGAGUGUGACAGAGCAGGACAGAGACAAGAACAACCGCCCGCUGAUGCUCGAGUCGGGGGACGGCUCUGUCAAGACAAGUCGCCCGUGCAGGCUGAGGGUCUCCACGGAGACGACCGGCCACAACGAGAUGCCUUCAUAAAACACCGAAUCACUACAUUUCUGUCUCCCUGCUCCGGAGCAGCUGUGUGACUUGAUUCGACCAUAAUGAGCCCGGGAGGAAGAAACCAGAGUAUGAAACAUUUUCUCUGCAGUGUGGAGCUGUCUUCAUGGAUAGACACUAACUGGACGUGUAAACAUGGAGCUCAAAGCCCCCUGCUGUCAGAGGGAUAGCCUCCUUGUGCCAAAUAACCACCAUAAAGAAUAUGCUCUGUUUGUAUUUUGGCGAUCUGGACUGCUUGAUAAGAAAAAAUAGCAAUAGUAUCAUAUUAUCCUGUAUUUAUAUUUUGGUGUUCGAUCCAUUUAGUGCCUUUUAAAAUGAUGAGAGUGAUAAGAGUUUGCAGUUUGUGUGGAAUAGCUUUUCUCCAGUCUCAAUUCUUUCAUAUUUCGGAGGCUGGAGGUUGGUGAUGGAUGACUGCCCAGCUCCGAUCCCCCAAGAAGAUUGUUGAAGCGUUGUGACAGCACAGAUGGAGCACAGCAAAUGUAAUGAUGUGUGUGUCAGUUUAGGUGUCAGUGUAGGUCACAUGUUGAUGUAGCAUCUCGUGCACCAGUCCCCUCUAAAAAAAAAAAUUAGGAUGUGUUUUGUUUUUUUUCCAGGAUGUGUCUGCAGUUGGAUUUUUUUUUCUUUCUCCCUUGCAGUUUCACAUCCACAUGCAAUAAGUGGGGAAAAAAAAAAAAGAAUUACAGGAGAGUGUGAAUGUAACUGGCCUUGGCAUGACCUCAAUAUCCUUCUUGUUUCUUUGAGUCCACUCAUCCUCGAUAUACAAGCAGAGCAAGACAAUGUGUAGAGAAAAAAUGUAUGCAACACUUUUAGUUCCUGCUGCUAUUUUCAUGAGCUGAAAUAAAUCAUCUAAUUCCUAAUUAAUUAAAGGAAGAAUGUGCAACUUUUUGAUCCAGCAGAUGUUGCCCUGAGCACCAGCAUGAAACCAAAACAAACUGCUGUUUUAGCGACACCUCGCUAUUCUGAAUCCUCCGCUCUCCACCAGCGACACACCUCCAACCCCUCUCCCCCCGCGUUCACAUGGAGGAGUUUCAGGCGGCGGACAAAAUUGUCCUUGGCUCGAGUUGCAGUUGCCUGUAGCCUGCAUUGUUGUGUUAGCAGGCUAAUGUUAGCACACUUUGGUUAGCUUGUAGCUUCACAUUGCACAUAA